UGGAUAAACAAAUUAUAAAGCAAACCAAAGACUUCAUUUUACACCGCAAUCUUUUAUAUAACAUAGAUUGCCUCCUUCAGUCAAUGUUAGCAAAACUGAGAAACAGCCCAAGGUCAUUGAUAAUAAUUUGUUCUCUCCUUGCCUAUUUUUUAGAGAUUACCUUGUUUUAAAAACACUCUACAGAAUGCUUAGUCGUCUCACAUGAUAUUAACUUGUGCUUCUUCUUAAAGAAAAGUCAUUAAAAAUACUAUGCCACGAUGCCAUUGGUCGUUGUACUUCAACCCAGCACCAGAACACAUUCUUCCUUUACAUCAGUAAACCUCUCAUAGUUUUUAUCUUAACAAUUUGUAUCACAUCCAAUUGUUGUUUAUGCAGUCUUAGAAGCAACAACACAUUCAAUUACAUGAAACAUAACAAAACAAAUCUUAACUGGAAGAGAUUAAGUUAUAUGUUAUAUGCACGGGCAAGAAACGUUUCUACAGGAAAAAAAAGGACAACGGGAAAUGGCUUCAAACUAAAAGAGAGGAGAUUUAGAUUGGAUAUAAGGAAGAAGUUUCUGAUAAUAAGGGUGAUGAGGCAUUGGUUGCCCUGAGAGGUGGUAGGUGCUCCAUCCUUAGAGACACUCAAGGUCAGGCUGGAUGGAGCACUGAAGCAUCCUGAUCCAGCCGUAGGUGUCCCUGUUCAUUGCAAGGAAAUUGGACAAGAUGGCCUUUAAGGAUCUCUUCCAACUCAAACGAUUCUAGGAAUCUAUGAAAAAAAACAUGAGCAGGGCAUCCUGGACUUCUGCACACCGCCAGUUUAGAUCACCAACCUCGAGGCUGCAUUAUCUCAACACUAGUUGGUCCUCAGGAUUUAAAAAUAGACUUAUAAGGACACUUACAGUAAUAACAGCAUCAUUCACAAGAUUAUUUCCCAGAAAGCACUUAUUUAAACUACACAGUUUAUCCAGGCAGGAUAAAAUUCAACAAGAAUCCAUUUCCACCUCUCAGCACCCCCAAGACCACUGACACAGGGAACACGAGCCGGGUUAGACCGUCUUGAGACAGGUUAGUUUUACCCUACCGACGAUGCGUUGUUGCGCUAGCAACCCCGCUAGUUACAGUAAAAUAUCUCACAAUAUUUAAAAACAAACCAACUCCACACAGCACCACCCCAAAUGCAAACCGCGUGUGUGAAAGCGCUGAAAGAUGCUCCUGGAACCGCAGCACCCAGGGCCGUGCCCACCGCCCUCCGGUGCGGAACCUCUUCGCGACAUCCACGCAGAGGAACCUUCGCAGCCGUCCCGAGGCGGUGUGUUUCCCACCCCCCAGACGCACGGCGGUAACACGCAACCCCCAGGCCCGGCCCUUUCUCGCACCCACCUGAGAGCGGCUCGGGGACGCGCAGGGGAGGAAGGGAGCGGCGAGGAGGAGCUGCGAGCCCCCCUCCGUGCGCCGCGCGGUACGGGGGAGGCGGCCACGAAGGGAAAAGGGAAAGAGGCCGCUGCCCGCCCGCCGCACUCACCUGCGGCAGGGAGGGACGGACCGGGGCCGGCAGCGGCCGGGACGCGACCGCAGCAUGGAGCGAGAGGGCAGCGCCAGCAGCCUCGCCCGGCGCGCAGCGGCCGCCCCUUCGCCCUGCGCCGGGGACCGAGCGCCGGCGCGGCGCCUUUAAGCGCAAAGCCGCAUGGGAGGCGUAGUCCGGACGCGCCGGGAGCCGCGGGACGGAGCCGUUCCCUCCCCGUGCCGGCAGCUCCGGGCGCGGUGCACGACUGGAGUUGUAGUCCCCGUUCCGGCCGUACCGCUGCCGGCAGGGCCGCGGGCGCGCAGCCCCGAGCUCCGCGUUCCUCUCCCCGCAGCGCGGCCGCUGAUAGGCGGCGCCGGCCGGGCCGCUGCGCGCCUGCGCGGGAGGUGCUGGUGGUAGCGGCAGCGGCGGCGGCGGCGCCGGGCGGUGAAGUUGGUCAAAGCGCCGGUGGUAAAAUGCAUAAGCUUAAAUCAUCUCAGAAGGACAAGGUCCGCCAGUUUAUGGCAUUUACCCAAGCUGGGGAAAGGACUGCUAUAUACUGCUUGAUGCAGAAUGAAUGGAAGCUAGAAGUGGCAACAGACAACUACUUCCAGAACCCAGAUUUGUACUACAAAGAAUCCAUGAAGAAUUCAGUAGACAGGAAGAAAUUAGAACAAUUGUAUAAUCGAUACAAAGACCCACAAGAUGAAAAUAAAAUUGGCAUUGAUGGAAUACAACAGUUCUGUGAUGAUUUAAGCCUGGACCCUGCCAGUAUCAGUGUUCUGGUUGUAGCGUGGAAAUUCAGGGCGGCUACUCAGUGUGAAUUCAGUAAAAAGGAAUUUGUAGAUGGCAUGACAGAGCUGGGGUGUGACUCCACAGAAAAACUAAAAGCUCUAUUGCCACGACUGGAACAAGAACUGAAGGAUCCAAUGAAGUUCAAAGAUUUUUAUCAGUUUACUUUUAACUUUGCAAAAAAUCCUGGACAAAAAGGUCUAGAUCUAGAAAUGGCAAUUGCAUACUGGAAUUUAGUCUUAUCAGGAAGGUUUAAAUUUCUAGAUCUUUGGAAUAAGUUCUUGUUGGAACAUCAUAAAAGAUCAAUUCCAAAAGAUACUUGGAAUCUUCUGUUAGACUUUGGAAAUAUGAUUGCAGACGAUAUGUCCAACUAUGAUGAAGAAGGAGCAUGGCCUGUUCUUAUAGAUGAUUUUGUGGAAUAUGCACGACCGGUAGUCACAGGAGGAAAGCGUAAAUCUUCCUAACCACAGACUCAUCAACAUGGACUAAAUGCACAGUCUGAACUGCAUUAGGUAAUGAAGAUUUGUUGGCUGAUAGCUAUGCACAUUGUUGCUGAUUUCAGUCAUGGUGAAAUUCCAGAGACAAAACAGAAAUUCUUCCUUUCUGCCUAACGAAAAUGAUGGUUGAGUUGUGGACGUUUCGUGAACAAGCUCAGAAGAUGGUCCAGGCUGAUUGCAGGCUAUUGGCUUCAAUUAUUGUACUGGUUGUAUCAUAUAGGAUGUAGAUUUUGCAUGAUUUUAUACUUUGGAGAAGUUUAACUAGAGGCCAUUUUAUUAUUGAAGUUUUGACAGCACAGCAUGCCAUUGAGUUCAUGAUCCAAAGUGAACACCAGCAGUCAAAUAAACAGAACUGUAUUAUAUUGUACCUAUAUUAAAGGCAGUAUUUGUGGUAUAUAAAUUAAAUCCCUAAAUAAAACU